AUGGAGCUCCACUACCUUGAGAAGAGGAGCAGCCAGGCAGUCCUGUGUGAUGCUGUGGACUGGCAUUCAGGAGGGCUUCCUGGUGACCAGGCAGAUGCGGCAGCCAUCAAAGCUGCUCUCUGCUGCCAGAGACACUGUAUGUCGAUGCCAAGAGCAGCUGAGAUGGAAGGGUCCAAACUUAGCCCUUCUCCAGCAUCCCCCUCCUCCUCUCUGCAAGACACUGUCAUUCAGACAGACUCCUUGCCACCAGGGCCUCUCAACUCAGGGAACAACCAAAUACUGGCAGGACGGAAAGUCUGCAACUGCUGCAGCCAGGAAUUAGAAACUUCUUUUACCUGUGUGGAUGAAAAUGUCAACUUAGAGCAAAGGAACCAGUGCUCCCCUCUAGCAAAAGGGAGCAAUCAUCUGGGAGACCUUGGCUGGGGAAAUCCAAAUGAGUGGUCUCAUGAGGCUGCCAUAUCCUUGAUAUCUGAAGAUGAAGAUGAUGUAAGUUCGGAAGCCACAUCUUCAGGGAAGUCAGUAGACUAUGGGUUCAUCAGUGCCAUCUUGUUCUUGGUCACUGGCAUCUUGCUGGUGAUCAUCUCCUACAUUGUCCCACGGGAAGUGACUGUGGAUCCCAACACCGUGGCGGCCCGGGAGAUGGAACGCUUGGAGAGGGAGAGCGCAAGGUUGGGGGCUCACCUGGACCGCUGUGUGAUUGCAGGACUCUGCCUGCUCACACUUGGGGGGGUCGUUUUGUCCUGUUUGCUAAUGAUGUCUAUGUGGAAAGGGGAGCUAUAUCGUCGCAACAGGUUUGCCUCUUCCAAAGAGUCUGCAAAACUCUAUGGUUCUUUCAACUUCAGGAUGAAGACCUGCACUAAUGAAAAUACCCUGGAACUGUCCUUGGUAGAGGAAGAUGCUCUUGAUGGACAGAGUUAA